AUGCUGUUCUCACAAGGAAACAGUAGAUGGCGCUGUUUGAUAAGCAUCCUUGGACUCCACAGAGGGAAAGCCAAGGGGGUCCCUCAGGCCAUGAAAGCUCUGGGAAUGAAAGAUUUCCUUGGUGACGUGGGCUGUAAACUCCUCUUCUACCUUCAUCGAGUGGUCCAGGGGAGCUCCAUCUGCAUCACCAGCCUCCUGAGUGGCUUCAAGUCCAUCACAGUCAGCUCCAGUGCACCCAGGUGGACAGAGUUCAAAAUGAGAGCCUCAGACCGUAUUGUCUCCUCCUGUUACACCUGCUGGCUCCUCAGUCUUCUAUUACAGAUUGUGACUCCUUUAAGGGUGAGUGGGCGAAACCAUGACAGAAACAACACCAUGAUACGUGACUUUGCAUACUGCACUGGUAUCUUUCAGCAUACAAUUAGCAUAUUACUCUAUGCCCUCUUGCUUGCUUCUGUUGAUUUUUUGCUUCUGGGAAUCAUGGUCUGGGCCAGCGGCUCCAUGGUGUGGAUUUUGUACAGACAUAAGCAGCGGGUUCAAUACAUUCAGAACAAGCACAUUUCCCACAAAACCUUCCCCGAGACCAGAGCCACCCACACAAUCCUGGUGCUGGUGAGCAUCUUUGUCGCCUUUUACUCCCUCUCUUCCAUCUUGGCAUUUUACAUGGCGUUCUUUGAUAGUCAAAAUGUCUGGCUGUAUAAUAUUAGCACACUUGAAAUAUCCCUCUUUGCAUUGCUGCAUUCAUCUUGGUUCACCUUGCAAAGUGCUAAUAUUAAAUUAGCCAAAAGGACUAUAUUUUCUGAGCUGAUUCAUAUGGCUGAGACUUUUGGAGAAAACAAGCCCCAUCACCAUUUCACUGGCCUUUGUCCAACCCUGACUCUGGAGCAAGUGCUGCUCCAGAGCCCGUGCAUUUGA